AUGGCAGAUACGCAUGAAGAAGAGAUGAUCUGGGAGCCUGAACAUACUCCCAGUAAAUCAGUCCAUUAUGUAGCUGUCGAUACCAACGUUUUCAUUUCGCACUUGAAUAUGAUGCGAACCAUUCAUGCUCUGUUAGUAGCACUGAGACCUAGCCCUGUCAUCUUACUCAUACCGUCAAUCGUGAUCCACGAGUUAGACGGACUGAAAACAUCCAAAGUGCCUUCCGAACCUGGAUCGCCUAUAACUCUAGGUCGUCUAGUUCAAGCUGCAAACACUUGGAUAUUGGAGGUCCAUCGGGAUAGAAGAUUGACGGGGAAAGGUGCAUUGAGAUGUCAAAGUCUGAAAGAAAGGUGGGGCAAUGGGAUCCUCGAUCACGGCGGAAAUGACGAUCAGAUAUUAGAAUGCUGUCUCCAUUUCUUGCAUAGCGGAUCAACUGUGACGUUAUGGACAGACGACAAGAACCUGAGUGUCAAGGCUGAAUCAAAUGACAUACCGACACUGGGUGGUAAACAAAUGACUUUAACUCGAUUCUUCAAUUCCAUUGACGAGGAGUUCCCUGAAUCACUUUGGGAGGAAAUUCAUUCAUUGAGCAUAUACAAUGUCGCCGGUGCAGGAAAUAAGAAUGGAGUUGAAGACUUCGAUUUUGACAUUGAAAUGGACUUGGAUCACGACCUUGCUUCAACAUCACAGACACAAGGGGAAGAAACAAGAUAUCCCUAUCUACUUCCACAAAAACACACCUCAACAGCACCUUCUGUAUGGCAGGGUGUAUCGACCACCGUCACGUCAAGAUCCGCUCCUCUUUCACCAACCUCAACACCGAUGGAUAGAGAUUCCUCAGGUUCAACAUCGGGUGCAAGAUCUCUGAAGUCUCGUUCACUUCAAUCUUCUCCGACACAGAAGUCAGCUGAAGUUUCGCCAAGAAGAUCAUCCAAGUCUCGUUCACCUUCAAGUCCUUCAUCACUGGCAACACCAGUCAGAGCAAAUGGUUUUGGUCCUUCGAAAAUCCUACUAACAUCUAUUCAGCUAUCGCUUCGACCAUCCCUUCUUUCGCUAAUUCCACAUACGCCAACGCAACUUCAACCUCAACCACCUGACGAUACAACAAGUAUCUUAUCGACAUUACUGGAAACCCUUACAAUACUCGACACGACGUUACAAGAUCAAGGUCAGCCUCCGAAUUCGAUUAUACGCGUGUCGCUUUUGCGAUCUAUCAGCUCGACCAAAACCAUCAUAAAUUACAUAGAAUCCUUCACGGACUGGAGAAAAGCUAACGACAAGGGCAUGAGGAGAAUUAGGUUAGGUGAAGUGGUAGAGAGUCUACGAAUUCUCCAAGCUGUGUUUGAGGAAUUCGGUGUGGACGUCGCAGACGGACUGGCGGAUGUCAUCAGUGAGAUAAGGAGAUUGGAUUAG